AUGUUCAACACUCAAUUCAUGAAAAAACUCCAAACCUUGUGGAAUCAAGAUGAAACCAUUCCAUCAACACUCAAAUCUAUAAAUUUCAAUGCCAAUGUUGGUUAUGGAUAUCAAGGAAAGGAAAAUCCAGAAACUGUUUUGAUUAUCAAGGAAGGUACUGCUUCUGAAGCAAAGGUUUAUGAAGGUGAAACUUUGGAUUGGGAUAUUAGAUGUAGUGAAGACAAUUGGGUGUAUUAUAUGAAGAAUGGAAUGGGAAUGACAACUUUGGGAUCUGCUUACACAAUGGGAUGGAUGAAAUUCCUUAAGGGAGACUACUUUAGUAUGAUUAAGAAUCCAAGUAUGAUUGGACCAUUUAUUAAGAGUUUCGAAUUGAUGAGCAAGGUUUACAAGGACCAAUAA